AAUAAGUAAAUGAAUGGAAAAAGGUGAAAGUAGGAUUAAACAUAAAGCAAGCUAACAAGGGAACAUCUCUUUCUUCCAUUAUUGCCUUUGUGAAAGAAAGAAGGAAAAAAAGCAGAAGAGAAUUAAUGGGGAAGAAGACAUGGGUGGAGGUGUGCCUCAUCUCGGCUCGAGGCCUGCGGCGAUCUUCAUCUCUGUGGAAACUCCAAUGGUACGCCGUUGGAUGGAUCCAUCCCGACAACAAGUACUGCACCAAGAUCGACGCCUCUGGGACAUCCAACCCCCUUUGGAAAACUGGGUUUUCUACGUCGCUUGAAUUCCAACCGGACUUGGCUCUUCAUGUUGAAGUUUAUAGCAGAGAUCCCAUCUUUCUUCGAGAGACUCUCUUCGGCUCUGCAACUAUUCUCUUGAAAGAAUUUUUCGACUCGGAUUCUCCUGUUGAUGAGGUCGGGAGCUUCCAGCUAAGGAAAAACAACUCCAACAAGCCUCUGGGAUUUGUUGAUGUCUCAAUCAGGCUCUCACAAGACAGGGAGAACCCCGCUUCAUCGUAUUUAGGUUUGUGGUUCCUUCUGGUUGGGGCAUUCCACACAGACGUGAUCCGCCCAAUGGCCAGUAUGAGCCAUAUUACAGAAAUUGCGGUGUUGAUGAGGGAUUCAACCUUGACAAUCUUGAUGGCGGCAUCAAAGAUGUAUCUUUGCAGCCUUCCAAGCAUGAUUUGGCUCUACCCAAAUCCCAACAAACUUAUCACAUGCCCAUUCCUCCCCACCACCCUCCGGCACCCAGUUACCAGCCACAGCCACCUCCGCCGUCUAAUAUGGGAUACCUUUCCAAUUUUCUACCUCCAAACUACUCCCACCACCCUCCGGCAGCCAGCCAGUCACGACCACCGCCACCACCACCGGCCCCGUCUAAUGUGGGAUACAUUCCCAAUUUCUCACCCAUGACAAGUAGCUACGUGAACAUGCCGACUGUGGCGGCAGCGCGUGGGGUGGGACCCGGCUUCGGAAUGGGAGUAGGCGCGGGAGCAUUGGCAGCGGGUGCAGUCAUCUUUGGAGAUGAUUUCAUGUCUGCUGCUUCACGAGAUGCAACUGAUAUCAUCUCAACUUAUCCUCCUUUCUAGAAUUGCUUUUCAAUUAAUCUUGUUGAGUUGAGCCAUGUCAUAAACUCAUCACACUUUCCAACUUAUUGGAAUUUUUCUAUUAAAUCCUAUAUAUGGAAACACUUUAUGAAUA